GUCUCAAUCAAGUAUAUAAAUCUAACUUCCGGGUUAAAUUCCGAGUCAAAUGCGCAUGUGCGGACUAAAAAUCCAACGAAUGACGUCGAAGAACCGGCUCUACCUCAGUGACGUCAUGGCAUUCGGCGCCAUACCACUGGCGGUGUGUUUAAAAAAAAAAAACGUCGGGUUGGAGCGCUAUUGUGGCGAAAGUCACCUCCAGUUCGUGCAAUCUGCUCCCCAUAAGACAUUUUGUUCUGGAAAAGAGUUCAUUCCAAAAGACAGUAUGCCAUUGCAGGAUGUCUGCUUCCUCGACGUCCAGGGUUCCAUGCUGUCCAAAGGGGACAAACGGAAGUGGAGUGAGACUCAGGAGACUGAAUGCACCCCAACAGAGCUCAUACAACAGUGGUCACCUGGACACAAACCGCAACGCUCCAUGUGUAAAGGGAAAGAGAACGGCUGCAAUCACUUUGUCAUCUCCCGGCGGUCAAGAAAGAGGAAAGAAUCAUUGUCGGGGAUUUCAUGGAACAACCUUCCGGAGGAGUUGAUUCUCAGGAUCCUCUUCUUCCUCCCACUGCACGACCUCCUCAGGACAGCGGUCAUCUGCAAGCGCUGGCAUCGCCUAGCGUUUGAUGAGUCCCUGUGGCAAAGUGUAGACCUGGAGGGGAAGACCAACAUGGGUCUGGCUCUGCAGCAGGUGCUGAAGACAGGCGUGCGAAGGCUACGCUGCCCUCGCUCUUUUAUAGACAACCUGCACAUAACGGGCACAUGCACACUGCAGUUAGCUGAACUGGACCUAUCCAGCUGCAUUGUCUCUACCUCAACCCUCGAGAGCCUCCUCAGUCGCUGUCAUCUGUUGGAGUGUCUGAGUCUGGAAGGUCUGCAACUCUCUGACACCAUCAUCAGCGAUCUGGCCAAGAAUCCACGCCUUCUGCAGCUCAACCUCAGUGGAUGCUCUGACUUCUCUGCCAACACACUCGCUCACAUGCUACAGUCCUGCUCAAGAAUAGAGCAACUCAACAUAUCAUGGUGCAGUUUCGACAAUAAUCAUGUGAAGAGUGUCGUCGAUCAUGUGACCCCCAGUGUGACACAGCUCAACCUCAGCGGAUACAGGGACAGCCUCACGCUUGACGAUCUGAAGGUGUUGGUUUCAAGAUGUCCUGGCAUUCUCACUCUCGAUCUCAGUGACAGCACUCAGCUGAUGGCCGACUGCUUCCCCGUCCUCUCGGAGCUGGACCACCUGACGCACCUGUCCUUGAGCCGCUGCUACCACAUUCACAUCGCCGCCCUCACCAACCUCAGGAAAACCUUCCCAACGCUGCAUUACCUGGACGUGUUCGGUCUGCUGAACGACAGCCACCUGCCCUCGCUGAGGAAGGAAAACCCCGGCGUUUGCCUCAACUCCUGGCCUUUCUCCGCCGUCGCCCGACCCACGCCUGCGAGCGUCUCCGAUGGGGCCGCCGCCCACAGCAUGUGGAGCAGGAGGAGUCGACUGAGGUUUAAAUGAAAGAUUUUAAACUGUACGCCCAAAAAAUAAGUGAGGUUGUCAAAGCAGAAAAUGUCAAUUUAGUGUUGAGUGUUUAUGAUCGAGCGAAAGCAGGUUUUUAAAAUACUUACCGUAUUUUUCGGAGUAUAAGUCGCACCGGCCGAAAAUGCAUAAUAAAGAAGGAAAAAAACAUGUAUAAGUCGCACUGGAGUAUAAGUCGCAUUUUUGGGGGAAAUUUAUUUGAUAAAACCCAACACCAAGAAUAGACAUUUGAAAGGCAAUUUAAAAUAAAUAAAGAAUAGUGAGCAACAGGCUGAAUAAGUGUACGUUAUAUGACGCAUAAAUAACCAACUGAGAACGUGCCUGGUAUGUUAACGUAACAUAUUAUGGUAAGAGUCAUUCAAAUAACUAUAACAUAUAGAACAUGCUAUACGUUUACCAAACAAUCUGGCACUCCUAAUCGCUAAAUCCCAUGAAAUCUUAUACGUCUAGUCUCUUACGUGAAUGAGCUAAAUAAUAUUAUUUGAUAUUUUACGGUAAUGUGUUAAUUUCACACAUAAGUCGCUCCUGAGUAUAAGUCGCACUAUGAAAAAAAGUGUGACUUAUAGUCCGAAAAAUACGGUAACUUGAAUGUUUAGUUUUUUUUAAAUCACAUCAGUUCAGGAGUCUUAGCUGUGUGACGUUUCUACUCAAGCAGUGUUUGGUACGGGAAAGAGAUGAGGAUUUUUAACCUGAUGUUUUAAUCGGUGUUGACAAAGUUUAUAUUUUUGAUAUGGAGCUUUUAUCCUGGCCUAAACUUGUCAUUCCAGAUUGUUUUCACCCGACUUUAUUUUUCUACAAUAAAAUGAUUGCAGCUAAAUCGUGUGGUAGGAACCAGGUUGAUCUCUCCAAGUUCACUUCUCACGUGGUUAUCAUGCUAGAACCAAGUUUUUGUACACAUUUCCUGUUUUGUGGUUCAACUUUUGUCAAUCGAGUAAACCACUGAGUAUUAUAAC